ACUCGUGGCGCCCGCGCACAGCAAGACAGGCGGGAGCGUGGUGAAGCCGGAGCGUUCGGCGGAGCAGGCAGGUGGUGACUGCUUGCGUCUCGGCCGGCGAUGGCGCCCCCAGUGGUUUAGAGGUCCCGCGCCCAUACGAGCCAAGCCCAACCUCCCUCCCGGCGUCGGCCAGCGUCCUGUCUGUCUGCUGUGAACAUGCAGGUGCUGCUGGCCAGAUUGGCCUGCCCGGUAUACCAGUGCUUUCAUGCCAUAAAAAUUAAGAAAAAUUGCCUACCUCUGUGCGCUAUACGAUGGUCUUCAACUUCUGUUGUACCUCGAAUUACUACCCACUAUACUGUCUAUCCCCGAGAUCAGGACAAACGAUGGGAAGGAGUGAACAUGGAGCGGUUUGCAGAGGAGGCGGACGUGGUGAUUGUGGGUGCCGGGCCCGCAGGGCUCUCCGCAGCCGCACGGCUCAAGCAGCUGGCCGCCCAGCAUGAGAAGGACAUCCGCGUGUGUCUGGUGGAGAAAGCUGCUCAGAUAGGCGCUCACACCCUCUCAGGGGCAUGCCUGGAUCCACGAGCUUUACAAGAGCUGUUCCCAGACUGGAAGGAGAAGGGAGCCCCUCUCAACACUCCUGUAACAGAAGAUAGAUUUGGAAUUUUAACAGAGAAAUACAGAAUUCCUGUGCCAAUUCUUCCAGGUCUCCCAAUGAACAAUCACGGCAAUUACAUCGUGCGCCUGGGCCAUCUGGUGAGCUGGAUGGGGGAGCAGGCGGAAGCCUUGGGUGUGGAGGUGUACCCUGGCUACGCAGCUGCCGAGGUCCUUUUUCAUGAAGAUGGCAGUGUGAAAGGAAUUGCCACAAAUGACGUAGGGAUACAGAAGGAUGGUGCACCAAAGACAACUUUCGAGCGGGGACUGGAACUACAUGCUAAAGUCACAAUUUUUGCAGAGGGCUGCCACGGACACCUGGCCAAGCAGCUGUACAGGAAGUUCGACUUAAGGGCCAACUGCGAGCCUCAGACCUAUGGAAUCGGGCUGAAGGAGCUAUGGGUUAUUGAUGAGAAGAAGUGGAAACCUGGGAGAGUGGAUCACACCGUCGGCUGGCCCCUGGACAGGCACACCUAUGGGGGCUCGUUCCUCUACCACCUAAAUGAAGGGGAGCCCUUGGUAGCACUUGGCUUUGUGGUUGGUCUGGACUAUCAAAACCCGUACCUUAGUCCAUUUAGAGAGUUUCAAAGAUGGAAACACCACCCCAGCAUCCAACCAACAUUGGAAGGUGGGAAGAGGAUUGCCUAUGGAGCCAGAGCACUCAAUGAAGGUGGCCUUCAGUCUAUACCAAAGCUCACCUUCCCUGGGGGUUUACUUAUUGGUUGUAGCCCUGGUUUCAUGAAUGUUCCCAAGAUCAAAGGCACUCACACAGCAAUGAAAAGUGGUAUUUUGGCAGCAGAAUCUAUUUUUAAUCAACUAACUAAUGAAAACCUCCAAUCAAAGACGAUAGGGCUUGAUGUAACUGAGUACGAGGACAAUUUGAAGAAGUCGUGGGUGUGGAAAGAGCUCUAUUCUGUCAGGAACAUCCGACCGUCCUGCCACAGCAUCCUGGGUGUGUACGGAGGGAUGAUUUACACUGGAAUCUUCUACUGGAUAUUCAGGGGGAUGGAGCCCUGGACUCUGAAACAUAAAGGGUCUGACUCAGAUAAGCUCAAGCCAGCCAAGGACUGCACACCCAUUGAGUAUCCAAAACCAGACGGGCAGAUCAGUUUCGACCUUCUGUCAUCCGUGGCUCUGAGCGGUACCAACCAUGAACACGACCAGCCAGCACAUCUGACCUUGAAAGACGACAGCGUGCCUGUCAACAGAAACCUGUCCGUAUAUGACGGGCCCGAGCAGCGAUUCUGCCCUGCAGGCGUCUAUGAAUUUGUCCCUGUGGAACAAGGUGAUGGAUUUCGGCUACAGAUAAAUGCUCAGAACUGUGUGCACUGUAAAACAUGUGAUAUUAAGGAUCCAAGUCAGAACAUUAACUGGGUGGUACCUGAAGGCGGAGGAGGCCCUGCAUACAACGGAAUGUAAACUGCAGCUGGCUUCAAGGUCUCUAAAACAGAUGGCAAACUAACUUCCAGGAUUUGGAAGUUCACAGGUGUCAGAAUUUCUUACAAUAUGUUAGUGAUCAGUAUUCAAAUAAUAAUUACCAGUGGAAUCAUUUUAUAAGAUUAUGAAUAUUUCUCUUAAAUAAAACUUUGUUAAGUGCUGAA